AUGCAAGCGCUCGUCGGGACGUCGUCGGGGCAUCGCCUCGCGGCGCCAGCGCCUCGAAGACCUCGGUAUCGCGCAGCCUCGGUCAGAGCCUCGAGCGGCACCGACGCGGGCCCCUCCUCCGAUGACGACGGGCGCGAAGCGUCGGCGGGCGCGGGGGACGCCAGUAGCACUAAAGUCGAUCGGAUCCAGGCGGGUUCCUUCUCGCAGACCGCCGCGAUCGACCUGCUGUCGAAGUCCGCCGACAACCCGUGGAGCGUGAACACGUACCACAGCAAGCGCGCCGCGCACAGGGUCAACGAGCUGGGCGACAUCAUCGGCGAGGACGACGCCCCCGAGAACAUCCUCAACCAGCCCGGGUGGGACGACGCGGGAAAGCUCAGGUUCUGCGUCGCGACGGUGGCGGACGAGCUCGGGGUGUCGCGCGAGGACGUGGAGGGAAAGAUGCGACAGCUGUUCAAACUCGCGCCGGGGAUCGAGAGGCGCGUGGGGGAGGUCAAGGUGGCGGACAUCGUGCGAAUGGUUGCCUCGCUCAACGACGUCGUCAAGGCGUUCACGAGGCUUCGCCAGAUGCUGCCAACCGCGGACUUGGGGAAGAUCGUGGAGGGGCGACCGGGGAUCUUACUCGAGGAUCUCGACGCGCUCGAAGUUCGCAUCGGAAACCUCCGGAAGGCGACGCCCAAGCUCAACUGGGACGCCAUACUGACGGACUUUCCCGUGCUCUUCUCCGUGCGCGAUCCCGCCGGCGCGUGCGAAGAACUCGCUGCGAAAUUUCCGAAACAGGACGCGACGCAAAUCAUCGGACGGAAUCCAUCGAUCCUGCUGAGCACCCAACGCGGCGACGACAUGAUAUCGUACGACAACGGGAGCCUGAAGCAGGUGCGGGCGACGGUGGCCGGGGACGGCACCAGCAACGGAUGGUGA